UGGCUCUCGAGACUUAAAUGGACUGAUGGUACAUGAACUUGUCGGCAACAACUUCUCCGGUGGUACAAUAAUUGUUCUACCAGGGCAGGCCGUUGUGCAACUGCCAUGGCCACCGAGAUGUGCAAGCUGCCGUGCGCCGUCUUGCUGUUCCUCUUGGUCGCGAAGCUGGGAUGGACAUGGGCACUGAUCCCUUCUUCUUCCUCCGUGGGCCUCGCUGUCCGGCGGUACGACUCCAUCUUCAGCUUCGGCGACUCCUUCGCCGACACGGGCAACAACCCCGUCGUCUUCGCCGCCAACUCCAUCUUCAACCCUGUCACGCGCCCGCCGUACGGCUCCACCUUCUUUGGCCGCCCCACCGGCCGCAACUCCGACGGCCGCCUCAUCAUCGACUUCAUCGCUCAACGCCUGGGCCUGCCGCUCGUCCCGCCGUCGCUGGCGCACAACGGGAACUUCCGCCGGGGUGCUAACUUCGCCGUCGGGGGCUCCACCGCUCUCGACGCCGCUUUCUUCCACGACGGGUCCGGUCCCGGCAGCAAGUUCCCUCUCAACACCAGCUUGGGCGUCCAGCUGCAGUGGUUCGAGUCACUCAAGCCUUCUCUUUGCCGCAACACCCAAGAGUGCGAGGCAUUCUUCAGCAGGUCCCUCUUCUUGGUGGGCGAAUUCGGGGUCAACGACUACCACUUCUCUUUACCCACCAAGAGCCUGCAUGAGAUCACGUCCUUCGUUCCAGAUGUGAUCGGGACCAUCUCCAUGGCCAUCGAGAGGCUCAUCAAGCACGGGGCGACGAGUUUCGUCGUUCCCGGGACAGCCCCCUCGGGAUGCAUGCCGCAGAUUAUCAGCCACUACGGCAAAGACGACCCGGCAGAAUACAACUCCACCACCGGUUGCCUGGAAGGUAUCAACAAGCUAGGGAUGCACCACAACCUGCUGCUGCAGGAGGCCCUGGAGAAGCUCCGGGGCAGACACCCGGAUGCCAUGAUCGUUUACGCCGACUUCUUUGCUCCUAUCAUGGACAUGGUCGAGUCACCUCGCAAGUAUGGGUUUGAAGAAGAUGUUCUUAGCAUCUGUUGCGGAGGGCCUGGGACACUUUUCUGCGGCGAUGAAGGUGCACAAGUAUGUCAGAAACCGGCUGCUCGUCUAUCCUGGGACGGCGUCCACUUGACGGAGGCGGCUUACCGCUACAUCGCCGAUGGCUGGCUGGGCAGCAUAGACUCCUCUGCAGGAGAGAAGAUGCAUCAGUUAGUGAGGUAGCAGAAGCUGCUCUGGUUCACGGACUGAUGGCUAUAUGGAGUCUGGUCUGUCUGACUCCAUCAAGGACUUUCUGAAGCGAUAAGCACUGGAAAUGGAAUGGAAUCAUGGAAGCUCCAAGUUAAGAAUCUGAAAGAGUCACGCUGAAUUCUGAGCAAAUCACACCAUACAAGUUAGAAAACCAGCGGAUAAAACCUUGUUAUGCCUAUUGUAACACCGAGACGCGAAGUUUAUUUGGGGAACUACUGAGAUCGGAUGGAUCUCAUAUGGAAUUCCAGAUUACAUCGAGUAAUAUAUUUUAGAGCCAGAAA